UUUUCACAGCUCUCUCUCAGUUCAGUGUAAAAGAGCCGAGAGCUCAGAGGAUUCGGUCAUCUUCCACGCUCUUUUCUCGCAAGUCGUUUAAAGAUUUGGUAGUUUUGAGAUCUUCGGCUGUUUAAGACACUCCGAGGAUUAAAACAAGUUCAAGAUAAGCAACAUUUCGUUAACGAUGGAAACUCUGCUGAUGUUCCUCCUCGCUGGCUCUCUGAUACAAGGUGUUUUUUGUAAGUUUAGUAUCAAUCUGCCAAAGAAAGUAGAAGCUCUACAAGGAUCCUGUGUUUUCAUUCCCUGCACAUUUGAUGUUGAUAAAAUACAUGAAAAUGAUCUCACAGAUAGAGCAAAGAGAAUAUGGUAUAAAGGAAACCCUUACUCUGUAGUGUUUGACUCCAGCAGCCCUGACACUAAACUGUUCAAAGGAGAAAUAUUAGGCACUGCUACACAGAAAAACUGCAGCACACGCUUCGAUAAUGUCAAUCAGAAUCAUAAUGGAUCAUAUUUCUUCAGACUUGAAGAUGAUAAACUGAGGUAUAGCUUCAUAAAUAAUCCACUCUUACAAAUUGUCGUCUCAGGAUCUCCACCCAAACCCACAUUGAGUGUCUUUAAGGAUCAGCAGGAGGUGAUGAAGAUGGAGGAGGUGAUGGAGGAAAGUUCAUUGAGUCUGCGCUGCUCUACUAAGAUCUUCUGUCCGUCUCGUCCUCCAUCUCUCACGUGGACCUCGUCUCUCAAUGAGAACAUCACAGGACAGCAGUAUCAGAGCCAAUCAGAGCUCGUCUCUGAUCUGAACUUCACUGUUUCUCACCGUCUUCACAAAGUCACUUUCACCUGCACCGCAACACACCAGCUACAGAGGAAUAUAACAACACAGCGCUCCCGUAUGAUACGAGUUCAGUAUGCUCCUACAAACACAUCAGUGAGGAUAAACCCAGCUGGUUUAGUUCUGGAGGGUCGUUCAGUGACUCUGAUCUGCAGCAGUGAUGCAAACCCAGCAGUGAACUACACCUGGUACAGAGACCCUGAAGAACUCCUGAAUCCAGUUCAGACCGGACCAAACCUGACCCUCAACAACCCUGACCCUACAGACAGAGGACUAUACUACUGUAGAGCUGACAACAAACACGGAUCUCACAACACAUCAGUGCUGCUGGACGUCCAGUGUGAGUACUAA